AUGAACGACGAGGACGCCAUUCAGAACAUUCUUAAGAAAAUUGAGCGCGAAAAGGCUCUUCUCAAUGCUGCCAAUGCUAUGAGAGCGCAGACCAACAAUGAGGCCGUCCGAUCACGACUCGACUCUCAGAUGCGCGAUGGUCGCAGGAACCUGCAGUUCUUCGAGGAGAAGCUUCGCGAGGCGCAGAUGCGUCGUGGUAUGGACAACAUGUCCCUCGGUUCCCCCUCCGGCGACGGCAGGCCCCUCAGCGGCGAUAUGGAUGAUGUGCCCCCCCCCCCUCCCAAGGAUUCCGGCUGGGAACAGCGCGGCGGAUACGGUGCUGGGAGCGCAACCUCUGGCGGCAACGUUCAGUAUAGCCAGAUCGGCGGCCAUGCCGACCUGAUGCCUCCUCGUCACCCUUACGCCAACCCUGGCCCUUCUUCGUCCGUCCCCAAGCCGCGCCCCAACUUUACCAAGCUCGACUUGAUCAAAUAUGAUACCCCAUACCUCGGCCCUCGUAUUCAGCUCAUGCUGUCGCAAAUCCAGUUCAAGCUCAACGUGGAGGAACAGUACCUCAAGGGAAUCGAGAAGAUGGUUCAGCUAUACGGUAUGGAAGGAGAUCGCAAGAGCAGGGCCGAUGCCGCCGCUAGGAGGGUCGAGUCUAAACAGAAGAUUCUGCUGCUGAAGCAGGCUAUGAAGCGCUACGAGGAGCUGCACAUCGACAUGGAUACGUCAGAUGCUCAAGAUGAUGAUUCGAUCAACAUGCCGAACCUGCGCAAGCCUUUGACUGGCCAGCUCUCCAUCCGUGUUGGCCAAAUCAAGGACGUCGACCAUGCCUCCAUGAGUCGCUUCAGCCGAGGCCCCGAGACCUUCAUCGCUGUCAAGGUCGAAGACAAUGUGGUCGCCCGUACGCGAGUUACCAGAACAGACAAGUGGGAAGCAGAGUACCACACUAUCGACGUCGACAAGGCGAACGAGAUCGAGCUUACCGUUUACGACAAACCCGGCGAGCAUGCCAUCCCUAUUGCUAUGUUGUGGGUGCGUAUUUCCGACAUUGCUGAGGAAAUGAGAAGAAAGAGGAUCGAGGCGGAGAUCAACAGCUCUGGAUGGGUUUCGGCUGAUAGAAUGGGUGCUCCGCCCGCUCAAUUCCCCAUGAACCCCCCGCAGCAACAGCAGUCCUUCGGCGGUCCUCCCGCCUCACCUGGCCUUGCUCAGCAGGGUGCGCAGGGCCAGCAGGCGCCGGGUGGCAUGCAGAAUCCCCCAAUGGCUCAGCAGCCCAUCGACGGCUGGUUCAACCUCGAGCCUGCCGGCCAGAUUCAGCUUUCCUUGGGUUUCUUGAAGCAGAACAAUGCCAGGCGCCCUGUCAACCUCCAAGGUCUUGGUCGUGUAGGUGCCGUUCGUCAGCGCAAGGAGGAAGUGCACGAGAUGUACGGCCACAAGUUUGUCCAGCACCAGUUCUACAACAUCAUGCGCUGCGCUCUUUGCGGAGACUUCCUCAAGUACUCGACCGGCAUGCAGUGCGAGGACUGCAAGUACACUUGCCAUACCAAAUGUUACUCGAGCGUUGUCACCAAAUGCAUUAGCAAGAGCAACGCUGAGACGGAUCCGGACGAGGAGAAGAUCAACCACCGUAUUCCACACAGAUUCCAGGCCUUCUCCAAUAUGACCGCCAACUGGUGCUGCCAUUGUGGUUACAUUUUGCCCUUUGGCAAGAAGAACUGCAGGAAAUGCGCGGAAUGUGGUCUCACGGCGCACGCGGCCUGUGUUCACCUCGUUCCUGACUUCUGCGGCAUGUCUAUGGCAGUGGCGAAUCAGAUCUUGGAAGGUAUCAAGACUACCAGGAUGAUCACCAAGAAUAAGACCUCGUCCUCUCUGAGCGACCGCACGCUGCGGAAGCCAACCAGCCCUACUAGCACUCUCGGCUCUCCUCCCCACAGCGGUGGGCAGGCACCCUAUGCUGGAGGCUCGCCGGAAGCGACUGAGGCCGCCAAGCUUAUGUACCAGCAGCAGUCGCCGCCUGGCCAGCGGCCGUCUCACCCUGAUCGUACAUCUAGCACGGCUGCAGCGGCGGCAGCAACAGCUGCGAUGAGCGGAACGAUGGCUUCGCAGCCAAAGCCUCAGCUACAGGAUUAUAGCUCGUAUGGUGGUCGUCCCGGUUACCCUCCUCAGGCAGACCAAGAGGAUCCCUACGGCGGGCGCAAGUACAACCCUGCGGAUUACGCGGCAGUCAAUCAGCAAGCUGCUCCAUAUGCUCAGCAACCUCCCGUACAGCAGCAACGGCCUGUUCAGCAGCAGCAGCAGCAGCCCCCGCCUCAACAAUACCAGCAGCCGCCUCAGCAGCAAAUGUAUCAGCAGCAGCCCGUCUCUUCGCCCAAGCUGCAGGAGCCUCCUCAAAUUUCACCCAUCGCAACGUCUGGAGGUGUUCCCAGUGCUGGGCGGAAGCCCCUACCGUCUGCCACGGAUCCAGGUACUGGUCAGCGUAUCGGUCUGGAUCACUUCAAUUUUCUGGCUGUGCUGGGUAAGGGUAACUUCGGAAAGGUUAUGCUUGCGGAAACGAAGCGAUCCAAGAGGCUGUAUGCCAUCAAGGUGUUGAAGAAGGAGUUUAUCAUUGAAAACGACGAAGUGGAGAGCAUCCGGUCCGAGAAGAGAGUGUUCCUCAUUGCUAACCGGGAGAGACAUCCGUUCUUGACCAACCUCCACGCCUGUUUCCAGACUGAGACCCGUGUCUACUUUGUUAUGGAGUACAUCAGCGGUGGUGAUCUCAUGCUUCACAUUCAGCGGGGCCAGUUCGGCACCAAGAGGGCUCAGUACGUCCACCUCCUUGCCACUCACGAAGUAAACUAUGCUAAUACGUCACAGGUUCUACGCUGCCGAGGUCUGUUUGGCACUCAAGUACUUCCACGAGAACGGCGUCAUCUACCGUGA